AUGGUAGAAGCAAGGCAUAAGCGAAGACCAGACUUUAAUGAAAGAUACUACAUUGCGCGCUCCACUGAGGGUUUCUACAGUAACUUCAACAUUGUUGCAAAAUACAACAAACACGUUCCCAGGACCCUACUUUCACUUGCAUUGAGGAACUUGGUAAGGCAAAACAGUUGGUUUACACACAAUUUUUACAAGGAUGCUGGAUCUGAUAGUGCUGCUAGCAACGGGCACAACUGGACCCUCCAAAUUGUCGACCAGAUCCAUUUCCACGAUGUGGUCACUUAUAGGCAAAUUGACCAAUUCAACGGCCUGACCUUGGAGGAAAUCAACAAGUUGGGCUUUGGGAUGAAUGUGCCGAAUGUUCCUCUUUGGAGAAUCAUUGUCUUUGAAGAAAAAAUCAGCGGGGAGCAGUUAAUUUGUGCGUAUUUCGAUCAUUCUCAAUUCGAUGGUUUGUCGGGCGUUCAGUUUCAAAAGGAUUUGGCUAGGGAGCUUGCCCUCGCGAGUCAAACAGCCGCAAAAGACCAGUUUGAAGCGGUAAUAUUCAACUAUGAAAGAGAUUUGAAAUAUCUCCCCAAAGUGGUGAUCCCAGCAUCGGAGUCCGUCACGGAUUUGUACACUCCGCCACUCACCACGGUCAUCAAUCACCAUCUAGGUGCCUACCUCCCAUUCUACAAACGCGUUUACGACUGGGUUUACACUCCUUCAACAGCCAAAGAGUUUGUAAACCCCAACCCAGUUCGAAAGGACCUCAGCACCAAGUAUAAGAUUUUCAAGUUUGACGCCAGUUUAAUGGCACAAGUGACGCAAUUCUGCCGGGCCCACAAGUUAACAGUAUCCUCGUACCUCGACGUGAUUGUGAUCAAGGCCUUGCAGGACUCGGUUUUCAAAGCUGUCUAUGGAACAGACGAGUUCACGAGCAAUUCCUAUGUCGCCAUCAAUGGCCGAAGGUACUACUCGCAAGAGAUUCAAAAUUUCAGAUACGGCACCAUGGUUUGCGGCGAUAGCAUCUACCUCGCGCCAGUGAGAGACCUGCUUCAAGCAAUGAAGAAGUUCUCCAAGCAGCUCUGCGACCACAUUGGGACUCAAAACUCAUUCAAAAUCACCGGAAUGCUCCAAUACCAGAAUGCAUGGCAAUUUUUGUAUAAUAAACUAGGCAAAGUGGGAGCUAGAGCCGCGUUGACAUUGUCAAACUUGGGCAAAGUCAAGGACUCUAAUGACAUUUUCCAGUUUAAGGAAAUGUAUUUCGGUGCUAAUGCCGGAGUGAUGUAUAACUUUGUCACCAACGUGACUUCAUUACCCAGUAAUGAGAUGACGGUGGUGUUUGGGUACUUGCCAGAAUUCGAGGCGUACACCAUCGAUGGGGCGAAUGCAGUGGAUAAAUUUGCGGAAUUGUUGGAGAGAUAUUUCAAAGACGGUGUUGUGAUGGAUGCCAAGUUCAAUAGCUAA